AUGUCAUCGUGGUACUCGAGGAUCCUCACCAACACUACCUCCCAGAUCUCGAGCUUGCAGAGCCGACUUCUGCAGAGCGAAAAUGACGGCGACACCGAAGAUGACACCCACGUUUGCAGAGUGCUGAGGGCCUACUACACCGAGAAGGGGCGUACGUUUCCGGGCUGGUUGCCGCCCGACCCCAAGGCACCACCACCAGCAGCUCCCGUCUAUGCCCAACCGGCCCAAGUAGGAUCGCGAUACGGCGGGCUCAACCAGCAGCAGCAGCCCGGGCCCAGCACGGGACUCAGCUCUCUCUGGGACAGCAAUGCCGGGGCGCAACCCAGGCAGGACGCAGUGAGCCUUCGACAAGGUCGCGGUGCCCCUCCGCCAAUGCGAGGCGCCGAACAACAACCGGCGCGAAUGAGCCCAUUCGCUCGGGGUGGAGAUAGUGGACGAGAUGACGUGCAGGCCCGGCCUUUGCCUAGCCAACGGGCGGGCAGCUAUCAGUCAAGCGCGGCAUACGGAAGAGAAGCAGCGAACACACCGCCUGGCAGCUCGGCCGGCGGAUCAGCUGGCGGAUCUGCACAAGAUCGACUUAAGCAGCGACUCUGGGGAGGUGCGAGAACGACGAGCCCAGCGUCUGGAGGCAAUCAAGGGCCCUUUCAACCCCCAGGUAGGGGAGGCGGCGGUUCUGGUGACUACGAAGAGCGUUUUGCCCCUGGUGGAAUGUACGAUGGAGGAAGAGGCGGCGGCGGCGGCGGCGGGGAUAGGCCGUUCAUGUCAGCUAACUCUCCAUGGUCGACCAGCGAGGCUGACUAUGGCGGUGGCGGCGGUGGUGGGGGGCGGCCAACAGGACUGCCUAGCGGUCCAAGGCGGACAGGACUUCCAAGCGGUCCUCGGAUGAGAUAA